UUAUUAAAUAUAGAAAUGUGUUUGAUGAACUAAAGAGUGCUUUUGCCGCGAAUAUGCCAGUCCAUAUAUACCCGAAAGCGUGACCCGUUUCAGUCCUCAACAAUACUCUCAAUUCGUUUGAUCUUCCAGCUGUGCAAAAAAUGCAGGCUAGUGACAGGUUCAAUAUCAACUCCCAGCUUGAGCACUUACAAGCUAAAUAUGUGGGAACAGGACAUGCCGACUUGACUAGAUUUGAGUGGGCGGUAAACAUUCAGCGUGACAGCUAUGCAUCCUAUGUUGGCCACUACCCAAUGUUGGCGUAUUUUGCCAUUGCAGAAAAUGAAUCAAUUGGAAGAGAACGCUACAAUUUUAUGCAGAAAAUGCUUUUGCCUUGUGGUCUCCCACCUGAAAGGGAAGAUGAUUAAGAGUUUCAAUGGAUAGCACCCUGCAGACUCAGACCUCUGUCAAGCCAAAACCUUGCUGCUUUGAUCUCCAGCUCAUAACACGUAAGGUUGUUAGUGAUGUGAAAGAUUUGACUUGUAUUAAUCCCGAGUGAUCUAGCGAAAGCACAUUCAUAGAUACAAUAUCUUGAGUUAAUUUAGUUGUUUUUUCAUGUUCAACUAACAGAUAAAUAUUUCAAGUUCAUUAGUUGUUUUUUCUUGCUCAAGUGCUAAAGAGAGUUGUUUAACAUCAA